AUGACAGUGAUGAAGAAUUACCUUUGUCAAGUCAAGCGGUUCAUACAAAUUUGGUUGAAAUAACAAACAGAGUUCUUAAUGAUCAAAACAAGUACAAUAGUUUAAUAAAGAUUAACUCUAAUGUAGAUGAAUCUAUUGAAAAGCAAAAUCCUAGUACUUCAUCUUUUAAUUGUGUAAGCAACAUUCAAAAUUAUGAACAAGACGUUAAAUUUUUUGAUUAUCAAAGUAAUAUAUCAGAUGAAUCUAUUGAAGAACAGAGUGUUGAACUCUUUGAUCAUAGCGAUAUUGAUUCUCAAAGUAAUACAUCGGAUGAACAGUCUGAUCUAUCGGACAUUACAGAUAUAGAUAUUAACGAAUAUAUUGAAUAUGAUGCUUUGUAUACUAGAAGACAAAAUGAUCCUGAGGACAUAUACCAAGUAUUUCUUUCAGAAGAAUAUGCAGAAUUUAUGCAUAUUGUAACAAAAUUUCAUAUACAAGAUAUACUUGCAAAUGCCUUUAUACGAUUUUUUAACAAGUAUUCUAAUCGCAAUGAUUAUCCACUACCAUCGAUAUCACAAAGGGGGCAAGAAUUUAUCGAAGAUCUUAAUCUUCCAAACUUCGGUUAG